AUGAGGGCAUGUCCCCUCCACAAAUGCUGCCUCAGCAUGCUGAUGCCUCGGACAGCCAAGACAACGAUUGUGCCCAUCAGCAACGGAAAGAAAUCUGCCACAUCCAAGAGUUGGGUGACCGCUACUAAUAACUGCAGUUAUAAGAGACUUAUUGAACAUCUCGGCUUAGACAGCGAUAACUUUCAGAUGACGUCUCUGCGCCCGGUGUAUAACUGGAGCCACCCUACUAAAGUUUACGUGGACCUGUAUGUUACCUCCAUCACAGAUGUGAAUGAAAAAGCCCAAAGUUUUGAAACACAGGCCACAAUUGUAUUGGGUUGGAUGAAUGAUUUCACAAGGUGGAACGCCAGUGCCUUUUGUGGGAUCUUUACAACUACAAUUCAAAAAGAUAAGAUGUGGAUACCAGACAUUACCAUUGCCGAAAGCAUCAAAGCAGAAUUUGCAUCUGUGGAAAAUCCUUAUGUAAAGAUGAUGGAUAUUGGUGUUGUAAUCCUGCCUCAAACUGUCAUUUUGACCACCGCCUGCAAGAUGGACCUUUACAAGUUUCCCUUUGAUGUCCAAAAAUGCGAUCUGACAGUUCAGUCUUCGUUGUAUUCAAUCAAUGAGCUUACAGUCAGUCCAUAUUCUGAUGCCUCAUUUAUGACUGCCAGCUCUAAGAAGUCUUUUCAAACUCAAGGGGAGUGGGAACUCCUCAGCAUUACCGUGUCUAAAUCCAAUCUACCUACUCUUGGAUAUGUAUUGGAUCAGCUGAAAUUUCAGAUCACCAUAAAAAGGAGACCUCUUCUGUAUAUCAUCAACUUCAUAUCACCAGUGUUUUGCUUUCUUGUGUUGGAUGUGGCCUCAUUCUUCAUGAAUUCAGCAGAAGGAGAGAAGCUGGGCUUUAAAGUGACUUUACUUUUGGCGAUUUCUGUGUUACUGCUCAUUCUUAAUGACACACUGCCCUCUACUGCCAAGGAGGUCCCAUUGAUCGGUGUUUUCUGCAGUGUGAUUUUCAUUCUCAUUGGUAUCAGCAUUCUUGAGAGCAUUCUUGUGGAUUUUCUGAUGGCUAGAGGAGAUCAGAUUAAUUCAGAAGCACUUGAGAAUUCCAAAUCUACUGUUCCUGGUUGGGUGACCGUUUCUGACAGCUGCAGUUAUAAGAGACUUAUUGAAUAUCUCGGCUUAGACAGCGAUGACUUUCAGAUGACGUCUCUGCGCCCGGUGUAUAACUGGAGCCAUCCUACUAAAGUUUACGUGGACCUGUUUGUGACCUCCAUCACAGAUGUGGUAUGA